AUGCAGGAGCAGUACGACGCGCUGCAACGCAACCGGACCUGGGAGCUGGUUCCCCGGCCCCCUCGCGCCAACGUCAUCACCGGCAAAUGGGUCUUCAAGCACAAGCUCGGUUCUGACGGUACUCUUGAGCGCUACAAGGUGCGCUGGGUCGUGCGCGGCUUUCAGCAACGCACUGGCAUCGACUUCACGGAUACGUUUGCCCCGGAGCGGGUGUACUAUCAGCAGCCCAUCGGCUUCGUCGUCACCGAGCGUCCCGAUGACGUGUGCUUGCUCUCUCGGUCCUUGUAUGGACUGAAGCAGGCGCCCCGCGCCUGGUACCAGCGCAUCGUCGGCUUCCUGCAUCAGCUUGGCUUCCGCUCCACGCGUUCGGAUGCGUCGCUGUUCGUCUAUCGGACCGGCAAUGACAUGGCCUACCUACUGCUGUACGUCGACGACAUCAUCCUGACGGCCUCCACUGUUGGGCAUCUUCGACAGCUCGCCGACAGUCUUCGCGCUGAGUUCGCGCUGAAGGACCUUGGCCCGCUCCACUACUUCCUCGGCAUCGAGGUUGUCCGGCGUGCGGAUGGGUUUUUCCUUCAUCAGCGGAAGUACGCCCACGAGCUUCUCGAGUGUGCAGGGAUGCUUAACUGCAACCCUGCACCUACUCCUGUCGACACGAAGGCCAAGCUCUCCGCCAGUGAUGGGUCGCUGGCGUCCGACGCGCCGUUCUACCGCUCCAUCGUCGGUGCUCUCCAGUAUUUGACGUUGACGCGCCCGGAGCUCCAGUACACUGUGCAGCAGGUGUGCUUGCAUAUGCAUGCUCCUCGAGAUGCUCAUUGGGCCGCGCUGAAGCGGAUUCUACGCUACGUCUGCGGUACCAUUGGCUACGGCUUGUCGUUGCAUGCUUCGCCCUCGACGUCGACCGACCUCGUCGCCUACUCGGACGCGGAUUGGGUGGAAUGCCCGGACAUGCGGCGCUCCACCAGCGGUUAUUGCGUCUACCUCGGGUCGUCGCUUGUCUCCUGGUCUUCCAAGAGGCAGCCCACCGUGUCGCGCUCCAGUGCUGAGGCUGAGUACCGCGCUCUGGCCAACGCUCUGGCCGAGUGCACGUGGCUUCGCCAGCUUCUGUCUGAGCUCUCUUGUCAUGUUGACAAGGCUACGGUGAUCUUCUGCGAUAACGUGUCGGCCGUCUACCUCUCCGCCAACCCCGGCCAUCCUGGUUCAAAAAAAACACUAUCUGCCACCAUCUUUGGGAAACUAUACAACCUCGGCACCCCAAAGCUGAUCUUAGCAUUAGAAGCCAUCAGCCAGAUCCCAUCACCCGACUUCUAUUCAAUCUGCAAAUAG